AUGGCCUCUUUAAAUGCCUUCUGGGGUCCCCAAACCUCUUAUCUUAAUUUUUGUGAAGAGGACUAUGUCAUCACUCGGUACGUGGCUGAGUUCAUCAACACAUUCAGCAGCCUUGUGUACAUGUUAUUUGGAGUCUAUGGCUUGAUUCAAGUCCGCCGAAAGCCGAACGCUGGUAUGCGCCGCGUUUCUUACUGCGGACUGAUCGGAGUCGGCUUAUGCUCAGCGGGAUACCAUAUGACUCUCAAAUAUCACACUCAGAUGUCGGACGAAUUGUCCAUGCAUCUCCUCACAACUCCACUUUUGUAUCGAAUUCUCACAUUCCAGGCUACACCAGAACGCACCAGACUCAUUGGCGCGAUUCUGCUGACCAUGUUCACAAUUGUCAUGGUUGUCCAUAUGGUUAUGGAUGAGUUUAUUGUUCAUGCCGUCAGUUUUGGACUGGCAGUUUGGUUGAUCGCAAACCGUACUAUCCGAAUGAUCCCUAAUCAGAUUCCUGAUCUCUGGUUCCGGAAGAAGAUCCAACGUCUUUCAUUCUUUGGCUGCUUCUGCUUUCUCUUUGGCUACUUCGUAUGGCUCAUUGACGAGUUCGCAUGUGCAUCUCUCACGAAGAUUCGACACGCAACCGGGUUACCCUUGGCAUUUCUCUUCGAGUUCCAUGGAUGGUGGCAUAUUUUUACCGCCAUCGGUGGUUAUAUCGCAGUUGUAACGGUGGACCUCAUCACCUCGGGCGAAGUGCAUGAAGAUUCCACCGGUCGCUUGGCCUGGCCUGUUCCAUUGAUGGCCAAACUCGUUGAGCCAAGCCGCGAGGAAAAGAAACACGGUUGA